AUGACUGACGAAUACGCGCUCCUUGGCGUCAAGUCCCGUCGCAAACCUGACACUGCCAUGAUCUUCAGUGACGCAGACAAUAUCGAGCGUCAACUCCAGGCAGAUGGUCACAAGAUCUGGGGCUGUGUAAGCUACGGCAGUACAUACGAGAACGAAGACUACUGGAAGGAACUCCUUUCACGCUUGCACGCACGAACCGUAGACACCCUAGAGUUUUGGGAAGCUUCCAACAUGCUUGACAGUCUGGACUACAAAACCUUCGAUGAGCAUGGUCUAUUCGACAGGGCAAGCACGACAACUAUACGAGAACACUUUAAAAACUGGACAGCAACUGCACCACUUGACGAGCAAGGUCGACGCCGAAGCCCUGCACUCAGUCGUGUACCGCGCACCGCCACUCAGCAGAGCAAAUGCCUCUACUAG